AUGUUGCAAUUUGGGCACCAACGAUCUUCAUGUCUUGCUUGUCGUAGGCAGCAAUCUUACCACGCGCUCACCACGCGCUUCACCGUCUCCAUCGACAGCGCUUCGACAUCAGGCAUAAUGUCAGAGACAGCACCAAAUCUGUCGAGUCGCUUUCGAAGACGCGGUACUUCCAACGCAAACUUCCCGUGGAUUAUCUGCUUCCAUGGCUCAGGCGAUUCUUGCGCUUCUUGGGAGCCCUUGGCAGAUCUUCUCGACGUCUACCAGAUUCUCCUCUGGGAUCGGCUGGAUCCCAACAUCAGCCCCAAAAAUGCCAUUAUAGAAUUGCUGGAGUACUUGGACAAGUAUAGACUCUCUUCAAGUUAUGUGCUCGUCGCGCAUUCAUAUGGCGGCACCUUUGCCAAACUCUUCCUCGAGUCAAGACCCCACCAAGUUGCAGGAAUGGUCCUCGUGGAAACAGGCCAAGAGACAGGCAUAGAUCCUAAAAUCGAGCAACGGCAAUACCAAAAGCGAGCCCUGAGAAACAAACCACUGGUUGUUAUCCGGGGAAACACUCUCAAAUGGAAGCAGCUACAGUACGAUCAGGCUCUCGCAGCAGAGCAGAACUUGGCUAGUCCUACCUUGGUGAUACAAAAGCAAAUGCUAGAUGCAACAGAUAGGGAAGAUGAAAGGUUGAAAAAGGCACAGUUGCAGCUUUCAACGAACAAUAGAUAUGUUCAUCUGCCAGAUUGUGGGCAUGGCGUCGUUGAGGCGAGGCCGGACGCUGUAAGAGAGGCCGUCUGUUGGGUUAUGGAACAUUUACAAACACAGGAGGAUGAAGUACUAGUGAAGAAAGAUCAAGAAACUGAUAGGGAAAACGAACAGCUUGUUUCGAAGAAGAAUGUUUUGAAGCGGUUGAAACGGAUGGCUGUCGUGGGAAAGUUUGCAAAGCUGUUUAGGAGAUCGGGAGGAUAA